CUGCUAUCUUGCGCUACUAGUAAAUAACGCAUACUAUCAUUACAUCAAAAAUGUACAAUCACGAAAUAAGGCUCACCCACCUGCUCAUAUCUUGGCGCGCACGUCCAAUUUGCUCACCACACGUUUUGUUCUCCAAUUCCUAACACACUUGCUUACUUAUUACAUUGUAACUACUUUUCCUCUCGUUUGACCUAUUUCUUAGCAAUGACGGAAAAACAAGACCUUAUGCUUGGGAAUCCCCCUCCGCAAGCAAGAAGAAAUGGUGUCUUUACUAAAAAAGUUGUUCUUGCAGUUUCGGCGGCGUUUUGUAUCUUCUUUCUUGGAAUGACUUUUUCAGAAGUUGAGAAAUAUCGCUCAAGCCGCUUCUUCCAUUCUCCCAAGGAUAGAGCUUUAUUUGCAUUGAAACUUUCACCUCUCAUUGACGGCCAUAAUGACUUCCCUACUUUUGUUCGUGAAACCUACGAGUACCAUUUGUCUAAUUUCAGUAUGUAUGAUCAUCUUUCGGGUCAUACCGACAUUCCUCGCAUCAAGGAGGGAAUGUUAAAAGGCCAAUUCUGGUCUCUAUAUGUUGACUGCCCUGCUCUUGACCCUGCAGCUGGUCUUCCUUGGAAUCGUUCGGGCGAAUACGAAGCCGUUCAUAAAACGUUCCAACAAAUCGACAUUGUUAAACGCAUGAUUAAAGCUUAUCCCGAAGAAUUUCGGUUUGUUACUCGGAGCGAACAGGUGCUUCCCGUUUCCCGUCGCAAGAAGGUUGCAAGCAUGAUGGGUAUUGAAGGCCUGCAUCAAAUUGCCGGUAGCGCAUCAACGCUUCGUCAAUACUACAACAUGGGUGUGCGUUAUGCUACUCUCGCUCAUAACUGUGACAACGUUUUUGCCGAUGCUGCUGUUCAUGGCAAUCAUACGAACGGUGGGCUGUCGGAUGCCGGACGAAAACUUGUCCGAGAAAUGAAUCGCCUGGGUAUGAUGGUCGAUCUUUCUCAUGUUACUCCUGAUGUUAUGCAUCAGACACUUGACAUCUCUGUUGCCCCUGCCUUCUUCUCACACAGCUCAGCCAAGGGGGUGUAUAAUCACCCUAGAAACGUCCCAGACGAUGUUUUGAAACGAAUUCCGGAGAAGGAUGGUAUCGUGAUGGUCAACUUUUACCCCCGAUUUAUUAGUCCUGAUCCCCUCAAUGCUACCUUGGAAACGGUAGUGGAGCACAUCAUGCACAUUGCUAAGGUUACUGGCUCCUAUAAACAUAUCGGCGUUGGCGCGGACUUCGACGGUAUUGAAAUUGUCCCUAAAGGUCUUGAAGAUGUUUCCAAAUAUCCGGAUUUGUUCAUUCGACUCGCCGAAAAGGGUCUUAGUAUACCCGAUUUGAUGGGUAUUGCCGGUCACAACCUUCUUCGGGUCUGGCAUAAGACAGAGAAGGCUACGGCCCUUGUUAAAGACCCCCCUUUGGAGUUUGAAGAUGAGUUUGAUGGUUCGGGCAUCUUUUAGGAUUACUUAAUUAACAUUUCUCCUUCACCGUAAUACGAUAUUAAUGAAUCAAUGCUUGUUUCACGUUACC